AUUUAUACCUAAGAAGUCUUGAAAAUAUUAUUAACUGUGGGGAAGGAAAUAGGAGAGAAAAAGCACAGUUUCUUUUUGAUAAAUAUAAAAGCUCAAUUAGUCGAGCCACAAACCAGCGUUGGGGCACAGGCGAUCAAUUAGUUUGCCCGAUGUUUCAAGUCUACAAGUCGAGCCAGCGUUGGACCCAUCGACACAGGCAAUCUACAAGUUUGGCUGAUUUCUUCCAUUGCCAGGGUACCCAACCCGAUUAUAAACUCGCAAGAAAGUGGAAUAAUGAACGGGCAAACAAGCAGAUCCAUUUUCACCAGCCGACUUUCACAAGCGGUGGGACUAACAACGUUAAUAUAAGUGGGAUUACCAACGGUGGAACUUUCGUUGCAAAGAGGGAUCAUGAAGAGAAUGAAGAGGAUCAAGAUCAAAAACAUGCCAAACGGACAAAAAUGGCGCUUCAAUUUUGUGACCACAUUCCCCUUUCUCGUUCCUCUUCGAAUUCGAGGUUCAGCACCUUAUCUCAAAAAAUGGCAAAUGUGAACCAUCGUCUUUUUGAAUACACUAUUGUUAACCUCUCCGAAAAAAAUCUCGUAGACCCAGUAAAUAAUGUCUUUUCAGAUGACGAUAAAAAAAGAAUGAGGAAAUUCUGGGAAGAUAUGGAACCAUCAACUGAAGAAAAGUUGAAUACAGUGCGAAAAUCAAAAUGGGAAAAGAGCAUUAAGCCACUAGUUGACAAGUAUGCAUCUGCCAUUGAACUUAAGUCCGUUUUUGAUGACGAAAUUCAGACACUAUCAACAGAAGUUAUUUUUGAGAAGCCGUUCGAGGGAAAGUUUGACUUUAGAACACAUUAUGAUCUAUUAUGGGUACAGGACAUUUAUCGACGAUUUGUGUUCUUGUUCGCCUCAUGUUCCAAUAUACUUCGUGAUGUGACUAUGUCAGAGAUAGCCUACAGAGAAUCAUUUGUUAAUCCCAUAAUUCCCAAGGCAUUCGACGAUAUUAAAGACAAGAUUAGGUUUCAAACUGGAGAGAUAGAGAGCACAUUGCGUAAAGAACAUCGAAAUCAGACAAAUGACCAAAAACCUCGGAUAUUGCUUGGUUCAAAUUAUGACGGGAUUCUAAGAAUUUACGUGAACGCAAAUGAAAUAGAGAUUGGAUUUUUAGAAGUUGUAGGGAAUGCGUCGGUUGUGGAUCUUAAAAAAUAUCGCGAAGAUAGGGAGAAAUUAUUAAAGGCGAUGCGGUUGUCGAUCUUUUAUCAACGACAGCACCACCUACGUCGUAAUGCUCCAGAAGAACAGCUUGGAUGCCUUCAAAGUUUUGGUGUAUUAGUUCGGGUUAUGGACUAUUACUUAAAGAUACAAGAAAUCUCAAAAAAGGCACAACAAUACACUCCAUCAAAUGAAAAUCCGUUAGAAGCAUCACCAUCCAAAAACACUAG